GCGGAGGCGGUUAGGGUUUUGGAUGGGGAGGAGGCGGACGUGUUCUUCGUCCCCUUCUUCUCGUCGCUGAGCUUCAACGUUCAUGGGCACAACAUGACCGAUCCGGAUACCGAGAUCGAUCGGCAGCUUCAGCAAUUGGGCAACAUCUUAUGGUCUCUUUAGUAGAUUCAUUCUAUUGAUCUGGAGUUUUUAGGAUCUUCAUGCUGAUUUUUGUUUGGUCGACAUUUUGGAUAUUUUGUGGAAAUCCAAAUACUGGAAACGAUCAGCUGGCCGUGAUCAUGUUAUUCCCAUGCAUCAUCCUAAUGCUUUUAGGUUUCUUCGGGAUCUUGUAAACGCAUCGAUACUCAUUGUUGCAGAUUUUGCACGUUACCCCCGAGACGUGUCUUUUCUGAGCAAAGAUGUUGUAGCCCCUUAUGUGCAUGUUGUUGAUUCCUUUACGGAUGAUGAUUCUCCUGACCCAUUUAAUUCACGGCCUACUCUUCUCUUCUUCCGAGGUCGUACCGUCAGGAAAGAUGAAGGGAAAAUCCGUUCUCAUUUAGCAAAGAUGUUACAAGGCUACAAUGAUGUGCAUUUUGAGAACAGCCUUGCAACUGGCCAUGGCAUACAAGCAUCCACUGAAGGGAUGCGGAUGUCCAAAUUCUGCCUCCACCCUGCCGGUGACACUCCCUCCUCAUGCCGACUCUUCGACGCCAUCAUCAGUCACUGUGUCCCUGUAAUCAUCAGUGAUCGUAUUGAGCUUCCUUUCGAAAACGAGAUCGAUUACACUGAAUUCUCUCUCUUCUUCUCUGUGGAAGAAGCUCUUCAACCCAAUUACUUAAUCACUCAGCUUAGGCAGUUCCCCAAACAGAGGUGGAUUGAGAUGUGGGGAAAAUUAAAGAAUGUGUCUCACCACUUUGAAUUUCAGCACCCUGCGAAAAAGGGUGAUGCCGUAAAUAUGAUAUGGAGGCAAGUGAGAAAUAAGCUGCCUGCGGUCAAUCUUGAGGUGCAUCGGAGCAGGAGAUUAAAAAUACCAGAUUGGUGGUGAUGAAGCAGUUGAUUUUGUGUACAUUAGGCUUGCUGAACGAUGUACAGUUUUAGAUUAUCAUGGGGAUUUUACAGAGGUAAUUCACCUUUUCUUUUAUUUUGCAACUUCAAUCUGCCUUUUUUCAUUUUUGUAACUAUGGAGUAAGAUAUAUUUUUCUGGAUCAAAAUGCCUGUGGCCCUCUGCACAAUAAAUCUAUUGCUAGAGUUCCAGCUAUGGGCAUUUUGCUCCACGAAAGGAUUGCUUUUAGUUCAAACCUGCACAGAGUGAAAAAAAAAGAAAAAAAAAAAGAAAAAGAAGUAAACCAUAGUUGCAAAAUGACUGAAAGGAUGGAUAGAAACUGAUAUGGAAAGGGCCUAGAGAUCGUUGAUGAUGAUAGAAACUGAUACGGAAUAGAAGUUGGUAUACAUAUGGUGUAGCUUGCUCACUGUUGAUUCAUCUCAGCCAGUCCUUUGGGUGAUCAACGGUUCUGGUUAGACGCACCAGCUUUCUUGCUUUUCAGAUUAGCGAUAUAGACAAGUUCUAUUACUACUCGUUAUCCGUCGUUUACUUCUGAAACCCUUAUACUGAUUCUUUUUUUCAUUUAUCAAAGGUUAGAUAGUGAAUAAAUGGCUACUGUAGCCAUUCUUGACUGUUUUCCAUAGAAAUUGGUUUCCUUGGAAAUGUAUUUAAACUAACUAAAUUAGUCAGAUUAUAUAGAUGCUAUUGCUUUAUGUUUAUGGA